CGCAGCUGGUGUGUCAACAGUAUCCGCUAGGCAGUUUAGCAUCAGGCUGAACGGGAAGCUAAGCUAUAGAAACCUCUCUCGUCUUGUUUUGAUUAUGUGUUGAGCCUUAAUUUUCUGAAGCUGCAGCCGGUCAAGUCUCUAACUGGAAGGUCAAUUCCAAUGAUGCAGUUCAUGCUGCUGUUCAGCCGGCAGGGGAAGCUGCGGCUUCAGAAAUGGUAUGUCCCUCUGUCUGACAAGGAGAGGAAGAAGAUCUCCAGGGAUCUGGUCCAGACCAUACUAGCCAGGAAGCCUAAGAUGUGCAGCUUCCUGGAAUGGAGAGACCUCAAGAUUGUGUACAAAAGAUAUGCCAGUCUGUAUUUCUGCUGUGCUGUCGAGGAUCAGGAUAAUGAGCUGAUCACUCUGGAAAUUAUUCACAGAUAUGUGGAGCUACUGGACAAAUAUUUUGGCAGUGUGUGUGAGCUGGAUAUCAUCUUCAACUUUGAGAAGGCCUACUUCAUCCUGGAUGAGUUCCUGCUGGGCGGAGAAGCUCAGGAAACCUCCAAGAAGAACGUGCUGAAGGCCAUCGAGCAGGCCGACCUGCUGCAGGAGGAAGCCGAGGCACCGCGGAGCGUGUUGGAAGAAAUCGGGCUGACAUAGAUCACGCCGCCGCCGCCGCCGCUUCUUGCUGCGACCCACAGAUGCAGAUCUGUCCACAUCCACGUCUUUGUGUCCUUUCCUGUCCAGUGUCGGUGUUGUAUGUAUGUAAUCAGCAUCAUUGUACUGCUCUGUACUGUAACGAUCAUUCAGUGUGGUGCCAAAUGUAGUGUUUGUGUGUCUCCGCUGUCCCGACUUCCCGUAAAGUAUCCCAUAGUGUUUCUCCCAACCUCUUAACUCAACAGAGAAAAUGUAGCACUAACAUCACAACUCCAGCAUGUUUAGAUCCUCCUUUGAUCAUUGUUUGCACAAUUAGUAAUUAAGACUUUUUAAGUGCUGCUGGUGCCUCUUGCAUACUACAAACACCAGGAAGGUUAACGCAGCGAAAAGCUGUUCUUUAGUCGUUUUCUGAAUCCUCGGCUGUACAAAUUGUUCGCCGUUACAAAGUCCUGGUCCUUUCGGUUUUCACUAAAGCAAAGUAACUCAAUUCAGCAAACUUUGGGGAGGGUGUGGUUUAAAAUCAUUUGACCACUGCAUGUGCAGUCUUGGUAAUAAAUCUUAUACUAAAAUGCAUUUGUUGGGUUUAAAUGCUUGUCUCAAAGAACAUGAGAAGUUCCCAUUUUGUGCCAUUUGUUUUGUUUUGUUUUUUAGAUAAAAUGCAGACACUCUGUUGUAAAGUAUUCCUGUAGUAUGAGGCACCAACUUAGGUCAGUAUUUCAGUACCCUUUGUACCUGUGUAGAUCACAGCAUCAGUAUUGUUUUCUGUGUUCAUUUGGACUUUUCACAGAUAUGAACCGUUUACAUAUGUUGGGACUUUGUGGUCUUUGAUUUUGCAGCGGCUCGCUAAGCUUUCUGUUCUCUGUAUUGCUGUUUUCGUCACGAGUAUGGAUCAUCAUAUCUCCUUUAUGAAAGGGUUCAAAGUGAAAUAUGUUACAUUUCUGUGAUCAAUCUUCACUGGGUCUCUUCUCCAAGUCUUCAGGACAGGAUAGUGACUUAAAAA